GGGCUGGAGAUCCUGGAAAGAGAGGUGAUGGCAUCAGAAUGGAGGGUGGGGCCUAAGUAAGGGAGAGGGAGAAGUGGAGACUAGUGGCCGGAGGGAGCAGAGGUCAGACGCCUGCCUAGUCCUCGCGGUGAAGCGGCCACCUCUCGGCUCACCGCGGGCCAGACGGGCGCUGCCGCUGCCGGCCGCCAGGGGGCGCGGGCGAAGCCGGCGGAGGGAGGAGGGAAACGCGGAGAGGGGUCAGCCGGGCGGCAGGGGCGGCGGCGGCGGCGGCAGCGCAGGUCCGCUCCCCGCGCGUCUUCGUCCCCGCGUCCAGGCAGGGCGCUCAGCCCCGCCGCCAGCAUGCAGCCGCCCGCCCGCCGCCGCGCGCUCCCGGCACUGCUCCCGCUCCUCACCUGCUCGCUGGCUUUGGCUUUGGCUUCUGAAGAUGUAAAGAAAGAGAUCACACGGUCUAAGAAUUUGGAGAAAAGUGGAAUAUCCAGGAACAAUGACAUAGUUCUAGAUUUGAAAGGAAUUGUAUUUGUCAUCCAGAGUCAAAGUAAUUCUUUUCACGCAAAGAGAGCAGAACAGUUAAAAAGAAGCAUCUUAAAGCAAGCUGCAGAUCUUACCCAGGAACUCCCCAGCGUCCUUCUUCUCCAUGAACUGUCUAAGCAGGAAGGUGCCUGGACCAUACUUCCGCUGUUACCACACUUUUCUGUAACAUAUAGCAGAAAUUCAUCGUGGAUUUUCUUCUGUGAAGAAGAGACAAGAAUACAAGUUCCAGAACUCUUAGAAGUGCUCAGAAGAUAUGACCCAUCAAAGGAAUGGUUUUUAGGAAAAGCAUUACACGAUGAGGAAUCUACAAUCAUUCACCAUUACGCCUUUUCUGAAAAUCCUACAGUUUUUAAAUAUCCAGACUUUGCUGCUGGCUGGGCCCUUAGUAUUCCACUUGUAAACAAGCUUACCAAGAGGUUAAAGAGUGAGCCCUUGAAGUCCGACUUUACAAUAGAUUUAAAACAUGAGGUUGCCCUCUACAUCUGGGACAAAGGUGAUGGGCCCCCCCUUACUCCAGUGCCUGAGCUGUGUACAGAUGGUGAGGACACCCACUGUGCUACCGCAUUCCACUCUUUCCUACCCCUUUGUGGAAGUCCAGUGAAGAAGGAGGAUAUUUUUGUUGCAGUGAAAACGUGCAAGAAAUUCCAUGGUGAUAGAAUCCCCAUUGUAAAGCAGACGUGGGCCGGUCAGGCAAGUCGCAUUGAAUACUACAGUGAUUAUGCAGAAAGUUCCAUUCCUACAGUGGACCUGGGAAUUCCUAAUACAGACAGAGGUCAUUGUGGGAAGACAUUUGCUAUUUUGGAAAGAUUUCUGAAUCACAGCCAUGACAAAAUAGCAUGGUUAGUCAUUGUGGAUGAUGAUACCCUAAUAAGCAUCUCCAGGCUCCGGCACUUGCUCAGCUGCUACGACUCCGGCGACCCGGUGUUCCUGGGAGAGCGCUACGGCUACGGCCUGGGCACUGGCGGCUACAGCUACGUCACAGGAGGCGGAGGAAUGGUCUUCAGCAGAGAAGCCAUCAGGAGACUGCUCGCCAGUAAGUGUCGCUGCUACAGCAAUGACGCCCCCGAUGACAUGGUCCUAGGCAUGUGCUUCAGCGGGCUGGGAAUCUCCGUGACACACAGCCCACUCUUCCAUCAGGCCCGGCCCGUGGACUACCCCGGCGACUACCUUGCCCACCAUGUCCCCGUGUCGUUCCACAAGCACUGGAACAUCGACCCAGUGGAGGUGUAUGCCACGUGGUUGGCACCCCGCGUGGAGGACAAAGCCAGACCCGUGACACAAAAAGGCUUUAAAGAUGAGUUAUGAAGCCUGGUCCUGGAUACACAGUCUGGGCAGGACCCGGAAGUGGAGACGGUGGCCUCGACCAGCGGUGCCAUCAUGCCACUGUGUACCACGUGGCUUUGGGACCUUCCUGACUUCCGGUGGAAACAGUGCAUGGUAGUUUUUGAGGGGGGAGGAAAAGCAGUCAUGGGGGCAACAGAUUUUUUUCCCCCAGGAAAAAUCACUUGCUUUUUUGUAUUAUGCAUUAUUGUAUUACACAGUGAUUCCUGUGUGGUUCUCCAGCUGUGACACAGCAGAUUUAUUACUGUCAUGGGAAAAUAAAUGGCACCAGAAAUCCCCUUCCUGUUCCUUCUCUUCAUUGUAAUGAAAGUUUCAGGUGAGCACGAGACUGGAGAGAUGCGACUGUCUCAUUCGAUGUGUAGAGAGAGAGCAGAGGGAACGCCGACUGAUGUGGAUGUUACACUGGGGUGAACUUUUUAACCAUAUUAUUGAUGAUGAAAAUGACAUCCCGGUCACUUGGUGGGAAUGAUGCCGUGCUAAGGAGGAUUCAUGGAACAUCAUCCAAGUCUCGCUCUGAAAUUCCCUGGAGUCUGUAGUCGGGGUGAUGUUUUAUCUAGUUUUUCUGUUUAUGCCUCAUAAAAAGAGAAGAGGUCUUCUGCGGGAGCGUUCCACCUUGUUAGAGGUUCAUCUGUGUCCUGUUU